AUGAGCCAGCCGAACUACCGUGAACGAGACGUGACUGCCAUGCCUUCCGAAAAAGGUACCAUAGCUGCAGUCCAUGUUUUGAGCUUCUACGCAAUUACAACAUCGUGCUCUUUCCCUUUCUGCGUUUCAGGUGUCCACUGUCAGCAGCAGAGCUUCCGAGUUCGACCUCAGCCCGUCGAGGUGAUCGAAGGACGAACAGUGGAACUCAAGUGCGAGGUGGCCAACCAGGCCGGCGCUGUCCAAUGGAGCAAAGAUGGAUUCGUGCUCGGCUUCAACCGCAGCAUACCUGGGUACCCUCGGUACGCAAUGAUCGGGGAUCCCGCCCAAGGCAUCCACAACUUGAGGAUAGAGAACGCAACGCUAGAAGACGACGCUGAAUACCAAUGCCAGGUUGGCCCGACUGCUGACCACAAGGCUAUCCGAGCGGAUGCCCACGUCACUGUUUUGUUGCCCCCUUCUUCGGUGACCAUCACAAACCACCCGAACGGCAGCAGCGUCGAAGUUCGUCAGUCGGACUCCGUCAAGCUCACCUGCGUCGUUUCCCAGGCGAAGCCCGCAGCGCAGCUCAAGUGGUUCCGGAAGAACGUCGAGCUCCGACCAGACAAUGUGCAGUACAGCGUGGAAGAGAGCGAAGGCGGCCGCCAGAAUGCCAUCAGCAGCCUGACGCUGACUCCUCAUCCGGAGGACAACGGUGUGGUCUACUCGUGCGAGGCCGUCCAUCCCGCGCUGGGCACACCGCUCUCCACGUCCGUCAAACUGGACGUGCUAUUCGCCCCUGGUCCUCCCGAGAUCCACGGCUACACCGAGGGCGAGACGAUCCGCAUGGGAGACACGGCCACGCUCCGGUGCAUCUCGCGCGGCGGCAACCCGCUGGCGCAGCUCGUCUGGUACCGGAACCAGGAGCGCCGCGUGGUGGACAGCUCGUACACGACGAGCGGUCGCGAGUCGGUCAACACGCUCACCUUCGUGGCCAACUCGUCGGACAACAACGCGGUGUACCAGUGCGCCGCCACCAACGUCGUGGCGCCCGAACCCAUGACGGCGUCCGUCCGGCUCACCGUGCAGUUCGCGCCUUCAAAAGUGAAAGUGCGGGGCCCCAAGGAAGCCAAGGCCGGGGACCAGGUGACCAUGCGCUGUUCCACGGAGCGCAGCAACCCGCCGGCCGAGGUCUCGUGGGUGGUGGACGGCCGUCCCUUCGAGUCCGUCUCAACCAUCACGGCCGACCCCAAGGGGGGAUGGGUCACCACGUCUAACAUCACCGUCAACAUCACGGGACAGGAGCGAAACAUGAAGAUGUUCUCCUGCUACGCUGUCAACCAAGCCCUCGGAGACACGGUUGUCGAAACUGCAGCUGUCAGCAUCCUGUAUGCCCCCGAGGCCCCACGCAUUUUCGGGUACACGGAAGGAACCCCUAUUCGUGCGAAGACGCUGCAGCACAUAACGUGCGUGACGAACGGCGGGAACCCGCUGCCCACCGUCCGCUGGUUCAAAGGAACACAACGGGUGAACUCGACGUCAAAAGCUAAUGGGAAUUCGGUGACCUCGGAAGUGGCCAUCGUUGCACAAGACUCGGACAACGGAGCGGAGUACCGCUGUGAGGCGUCCAACCCGGCAACGAAGAAGGCCCUCACGACGAGCAUCAAGCUCACAGUUCACUUUCCACCGCCUGCUGUGACUAUCAAGAUUAAGCCACGAAAGGCGAGGUCUGGACAGAAGCUGACGCUGACUUGCGAGACUGGCUCGAGCAACCCGGCAUCCGUGGUGAGCUGGUGGAAGGACGGCCUGCAGCUCUCCGGUGCGGUGGAUGAGCCGUUGGUCGAUGCGCCGUUCGGAGGCAAGGCCUCCAAGAGCGUGCUCGUGGUCAACGUCACCGCCGAUGAUAACGAGGCUAACUACAUGUGCCAGGCGACCAACAAGGCUCUACAACUGAGCGUCCAUGACUCGGUCUUCCUCGACGUCACCUACAAGCCCGAGUUCUCGAUUGGGCCGCUAGAGCGCUUUGACAUCGUCGAAGGCCGCUCGCUGGUCAUCAACCUGACGGCGCAGGCCAACCCGCGCCCGGUCAGCUACACGUGGACCAAGGGUGACCGGCGGCUGCCCACGGCUCGGACCUCCAGCCGAUCGGCCUCUUCCUCCAAUGCGGCGCGCGUGGUGGCCAGCGGAGCGCUGCUUAACCUGACCGGCGUGGAGCGAAGUGAUGGGGGUGUCUACGAGUGCGAAGCCACCAACAGUGAAGGUUCCACCAAGGUGUCCAUCCUCAUCAACAUCCAAUAUGGCGCCGUCAUCAAGGCUGUCACCGAGACGGUGAUCAUCGACGCCGGAUCGAGCGCGCAACUCGAGUGCGACGUGGACGCCAAGCCGUUCAACGACGACACGGUCUCGUGGCGCCGGCCGGGCUUCGACAUGAGCCGCACGCGCCAGAUGAUCAAGGACGACAUGCGAUCCAUCUUCACCGUGUACAACGUGUCGCGCGAGGACUCGGGGCCCUUCGACUGCGUCGCCCACAACGGCAUCGGAGAGGAGGCCGUCAAGACUGCGAACCUCAUCGUCAAAUUCCGACCGAAGAUUGACCAGAGUCCACCCCAGUUGAAGGCAGCCGGCCGUGAGGGUGGAACUGCCGAGUUGUUGUGUCGUGCCCAAGCAGCGCCCAACGCCACGUUCUCGUGGUCCCGAGAGGGCGUCGUCAUCACCGCCUCGUCCCCGCAGCCGGACAAGUACGACGUGUCCUUGAGGCAGGUCGACCUGCUCACCUUCGAGAGCACGCUGCACGUGAAGAACAUCCGCUCAUCCGACUACGGCCACUACGAGUGCGUGGCCCGGAACGAACUCGGUUUUGACAGCGCCAAAGUUCACUUGGACACCCUCAGUGCGCCUGACCCUCCGCUCCAGCUGAAGGUGACCAACGCCACGUACAACAGCCUGACGCUGGUGUGGCGGCCGGGUUUCGACGGCGGGCUGCCGCAGUCCUUCCGCAUCCGCUAUCGGCAGGUGGCCUCGAGCGAAGGCUACCACUACCAGGACGUGCUGCAGUCCAACCUGACCAGCUACACGGUCGGCGCUCUACGACCCGACGCGGAGUACACGCUUGGCAUCAUGGCCUUCAACGACUACGGAGAGGGGGUAUACCUCAAGGACAUCGUCAAGGGAAAGACCACUGACGACGCUCCACCUGCGCUCACACAGGAAAUCCCGCCACCGGCAAAGAUCGAUAUUCCCAAGAUAAUCAUCACGAGUGUCUCCGUCGUCGGGACUUCGCUAUUGUUUCUCAACAUCAUCCUAGUCAUUUGCUUCGUUCGCAAGAGGAGGAAGAAGCGACUGGAGGAAGAAGAGAGUGACCAGUCGAGCAAGACCGCCACGAUCGAGAUGUACGCGCCGAGCAGCUACAAUGAGACUAUGAACGGCGAGACGGUCAGUUCCACGUCCGAGAAGAGCGAGGCUUACUCCAAUGAGCACAGCGCUGAAUACUCGGAGGAAUCGAGCAAACCCGCCGCGGCGACGUACUUGAUCGAUCAGGCGAGCGACAGCUACGUUCCUGACGGGUCGCUGCACUAUGCCCCGUACAACCGCUACGGCGACGAAGUUCCGGCUGCCGGCAACGGCAGCAUCGAUCGGCGGAUGUUGCCCAACAGGCGAGUCCACUACGAAGGAGAAGACGAGUACUACAGCGACGCGCUGCGGCGAAACGCUUACAACCAGAAACUAGGAGACAAGGUGGGCUACGGCAAAGUACCGGGUGUAGGUGCAAGCCAGCCUCCUCCUCCGCCCGGCCGCACCUCGGCAAGUGGCGUGGACGCAAUCUACAACAUCAAGGCAGACCAGCAACGAUACGUUCCUUACCCAGUUCCCGGUGGCGCCCAGGGUUCUGGCCCCGGAGGCCCGUCCGUCCACCAUCACCCGGGAGGCGACGUGGCCUCCGCAGCGGGACAGACCAUCCUGACGACGUUCAGCCCGUCGGGCAACGGGCCCGUCUCGCCCGUGCUGGCCUCCAUGCACAGCUACGGACCGCCGCUCAUGGAUGGCGCCGCGGUACACGACGAGAUGGACGGCCAUCUUGUCUGACGAUCCACCGCCGUCUAGCGUGACCACCGAUGACGCUAGCCUCGCAAAAGGGACACCUGCUACCAUCCGCUCACCGACGUCAGAGCGGCGACUGAGUUCAACAUCGGGUCUUUUGCCCGAUAUCCGUGCCGCUGCUUCAAAAAGAGGCCGGCAGUCGGGCCGACGCUAUGCGGUGUGCGAGAACAGCCAUUGUUGCACGUGAGAUGUGCAAGACAGCGGACGGACGCGAGAACUGCGUCGGAGUCACAACACCGAGUACGCCGUGCAUUCAAAACCCCGCGAGCCACCUCGGUUAACGACCGCUUGCCGCUCAGCAGCCGGACUGCAGGGAAAAUGAACGUUUUGCGUCACGCCGUCGACGACAGACAUCGCGCCAGCUCACUCCACGCCAUAUGCCGCUGGUUGGCGGCAGGCCCAUAGUUUCUACAAUAGUGAAUGCGUCACUCUCGUCAUUGCCGCUGAAGGAGACCCGGGAAAAACGAGACGAUCCUUCUUUCCCAAAGUCAUUUCUCGCGAAAGUCGGGUUUCAACGAGCCCCCGAGCAGUGUGCGCUCUCUUCAGGGAUGCUAUACAGAGCUUGUUGACGAGUCCACGUGAAUGUGAGAGAGAGUGUGUAGCGCGUUAAUUGCUGUCUUCUCACGUGUUUUCGUUCUUGCUUUCUCAUUGCUUUCGUGACGUUGAUGUCGGCGUGUGAGUGUAUGAGUUCACGUGCCUGUGAAUGUUUCGGUUUCGAACAUGUGGUGACUUUGCCGCCGUGCUCGCGGCAACUCUUCGUUGUGCUCAAGUCGUGCAUCUAGGAAAUCGUCGUCCUCGAGUCCGUCGCCCAACGGAGUGGAUUUGUACAGACGCACUGUAGACGACUUUCCAUCGUGCCUUACUGCAAUCUAGUAAAUUUCCUGUGCGGAACUAGCUUGAUUUUGAAAGCCGCCCCGAUGACAUCCGCAUUUUGUAGUGUGUUCGUUUCUGGCCGACUACUGGACGCUGUGUGUGAUGUGUCAUUGCGCUCUUGGACUAAGCCUUUUUAUUUUUUUUCAUUUUUGCCGUCACUGAGAGAGAGUUGGCAUUAAGCUCUUGCACGGCGGUUAUUUAUAGUAAUUAUGAAUAUGACGAAAUUGUGUUGUGUUUUGUACAAUUUCAGUUGCUGAUGUGUCCCGCGAUAGGAUGACAUCGUUAAGUUUCACUUGUUCUCUAUGAAAAUUUUCAUUGCCUAUGGUUUGAUGUAUUUAAUCAGUUUUUUUUUCCUUGCAAUGCGUGCACGGGCUUACUUUAUUUUUCUUUCGAACACGUGACAGUGUGAAUUGUGUACAUAACUCAGUGCAAGCAUGCCAUGAAGCUGUCACUCUAUUCACCUCAUAGCCGCAAAGUAACCGCAUUCUCUCAUCACGUCUAGUCACAGCCAAUGGCCAAAGAAACUGCUGUUGCUUUCACGCCAGACUGAAGCUUUCUUACCAAUACCAAGUACCACAUAACAAAAGAUACUGUUGUCACAAUUAAGGUACUUAAAACACUCUUCGAUUCCUGAAGGUACUUAAAUGGUCACAAGGAAAGCGAAAUUCGCUGACAUUUAGUUUGCUAGAGCUACUGAACUUAAUAAAUUGUACAAUUUGUUUAGUUUAUGAACUUGUAUCUUCAAUGCAGUUUUAAGUGAAUUUGCACCACUGUCGGCCUAGAUCUGUCCAUACUAUGAAAACAAUUCAUUAUGAUGACUUCAUGCAGCUCUGAGCGACCAGCAUGGCAGACAUUAUAAAGCCUAGUCUUGCUGACUAUCACCAAAGGACCAACAUGCCAACGUGCUUGCGAUUCCUUUUUGGCACUAGCGAGCUGUCAUGAACUUGUGAGCAUCAUUUUUUUGUAAGUGUUUUGUUGUGUUUAAAGGAUGAUAAAAAUGGUGGUGACUUUUGGUCAGCGAAGACAGGCGCCACUUGUCCGCUUUCACCUCCUGUCUGCUGACACGCUUCAAAAAUGUACAGCAAUACACAUGAAUAAAUGGUUUGUCCUUAA